GGCUGUUUUCGUAUCUUUCCGGACCCUCCCCCGCCCCCCGCCGCCUGUCUCCUAGGCUGCUGCGGUCUGUUCGGCGAGGCGGCCGUUGUGGGCGGAAGAUGGCGGUCGGGACGGGGCGGCGGCAGCGCCGGGCAGCGGAGCGGCGGGAGCUCUUAUGCAAACGAGGCUAGAGGCGGGCAGACGCGGAGUCAGACAGACGGAGGCAGCCCGGAGCUGCUCGGCCGCCGCUCUCCCCCCUUCCCCCCAGCGGGGAUGGACCUUGGGGCUGCGCCUCGCCGCGGGCAGCGCGGGGCUGGCAGCCACCAGUCCCUGUGAGCGGCCCCCGGCAGCAGCAGCAGCGGCGCUGAGGGAGCCGGGCGCCGCCGGGGAAGAUGUCGGAGACCAAGGUGAAGGUGGCCGUCAGGGUCCGGCCCAUGAACCGCAGAGAGCUGGAGUUGAACACCAAAUGUAUUGUGGAGAUGCAAGGGAAUCAGACUGUGUUGCACCCACCCCCUUCAAACAUCAAACAGGGAGAUAACAGGAGAUUACUUGUCCAUCUUCAGAUGGAAGAAAAAAAUCAGAUGCCCUACUAAACUCUUCUCUCUGCAUUACUAAAGAUAUGAAGCAUUGUAUCUCAACUAAUAUUUUGUUAGAAAUGGAUGUUGCCUUCCAGAGUUUAUAAGCAUAUUCUGUUAUUUUAUAUCUUUCUGAAUAGUUCCAUCCUAUUGCCUGAAAUAAAUGCUGCGAUAUCCAAUCGAACUGCUGAGUGAUUAGAGCCGAUUAGGAAAUGGAAUAAAAGUUUCUGUUGAAAA